UCAAAAUGACCCGAAAACGGGGUGCAUCGCUUUGAACAGCCAUAACUUCAUCAAUUGUGCAGCGAUUUUCAUGAACUCGGUCUUAUUCAAUGCAAAAAUGAAUGAACUUAGGGCUGUAACAGAUGACUACAAUGAACAAGUUGAAGAAGAAAGUAAAAAUUCUUCAAAAUCUGAAAAACAACUUGCUAACAAAAAACCUAAGUUAGUAGCAAGAGUCAGAAGCAGAGAGAAGAUAGUGUUCACCCAUAAAUGGUUGGCUGGAACCUUGAAGGGACACAGUUCACCAAUUCUCGACAUGGACUUCAGCCCAAAUGGCAAAUAUGUAAUAACAGUGGCCGAAGAUAGAUCCUUGAUGCUGUGGUCAACAAAAGAAUUUGAACAGAAAGAACACAAGGCAAUACGUGGUAAUGUGGAUCUGGAUCAUGGAUCAAAAGUGAAAUUUAGUCCAGACUCUAAGGCAUUCAUUGUAAGUCUGGGUAAUGCAAACACAGUGCGGGUUUUUCGGAUAGGGAAGAAAGAAGACGGGAGUCCAGGCAAUAUAACAGGCGCGCUUGACUUUCCACAGAAACACAAAGCUCAAAUUAUCAACAUAGGCAUAGCAAGCAGUGGCAAGUUCAUCAUGUCCAUUUCCUCUGACACCACCAUGAUUGUCUGGUCCAUAAAAGGUGAUGUUCUCAGUGAGAUCAACACCAACCACAUGAACAACUCCUAUGGAGCUGUCUCACCUUGUGGAAGAUUUGUGGCUUCAUCAGGCUUCACACCUGAUGUGAAGGUUUGGGAAGUGUGUUUUACAAAGUCUGGUGAGUUCCAUGAGGUUCGUAGAGCGUUUGAAUUGAAAGGUCACGCUGCUGGCGUCCACUGCUUCAGUUUUAACCACGAUUCCACAAGAAUGGCAUCUGCAUCGAAAGAUGGAACUUGGAAAUACUGGGAUACAAACAUUCGUUACGACAUGAACCAGGACCCAUACCUGCUGUUCACAGGCAGCUUAAAGUGGUCAGGUCCCUGCAUCAUAUCCUUGUCCCCGGAUGGACGCACCGUAGCCAUGGCUCAACAUUUAGGAAUAUACGUCUGUAACUCUUCUGGGCAAGACGAGGAGGUCAUUGAAAAUGUACAUUCAGAAAUUUCAUCUCAGUUAGGGUUUGACAACUCAGGAAAGUAUCUACUCAGUGCUGGAGACAAGCAGGUCCACGUCCUACAUAAUAUCACAGGCUAUAAAGCAACCAUAGAAGAGCUGGUUGAGCUGGAGAAGAAAGCAAAUGGCCAGGCAAUGAAGGAACGGAUCAGAUCUCAAAUUACUGAUGCCAGAUCUUUUCGGCCAGAAAUGCCACUACCCUGCAGGACGAGCGCUGCCUGAAUAUUCACUCGUCCGGAGCCGAUUACUACUCGUAAUUACGAGCAGGAAUGCAUUGCAACGGAUCCUUUCUGACGAGGAAUCAAAUGGCCAUGUGAAGGGGAAGUAAUUGCAAAGUGAGAUGCUGUACUUACCCUGCACAGGGUGGCAGCAGUGGGUCACUGCCUUCAUCAUUGACACUUUACUGGAACUGAGACAUUCUGUAUAGUUUAUUGCACUAUUUUAAUUUAAUGGCAAACAGGGACCGAUCUUUGUUUGCAAUAUUGUGAUUUGUAUCAACACUUCCUGAUAUUUAACUGUUAAGAAUAAGUGAUCUUAUUAUGAAAACUACUUAACAAAAACCUACAACUACAUGCUUACAACGAAAUAAUUACAACAAAUGUAAAUUACUUUUUGUGAGUAUCAUCAAAUAGUUAAGUGAGAGAUCAGUAGAAAGUUUUAGUUUCCUUUAAUUGUAAAUGACCAAUAUUUUGUUCUAAAUACCCACCACCUCUCUCAGCCUUUUUAGUACUGGGUUAUGAUAAUUUGAAUUCUUAUGAUGUCUGUUUGCUUUCUUCUGGAAAGAGAAUUCUUUGCAAUAUAAUCAUCUAUGUUAGGAUGAUUGUGAAUCUUGAUGGAAGAAAGAUCCCUAUGAAUUUUGAGAUCCAAGGUCAAUGUAACGCAUUCACAAUUCAUCAGUUACGCAAUAUGACAACUUGGCUUUGUGUUGAGGGGCAUUUACUUAGGUGAUAGACAGAAAUGGUUAAUUCUAAAAUCAAAGCGGAAGAAUAGCCCGAGAUGUCUCAGGACAUCUUAUUUGUUCCAGUAUUAUAGCCUGUAUUGUUUGCACUUAUUGCCAUUGGUGCAUUGUAAUUAGUUUUGAAAACGUACGUUUUAAGGGGUAUUUUUAUAUAAUAAGUAAAUGUUAACUGUUUCUUAUAAGCCAGAUAUGAAUUGGAAUUUUUGUUUAUGACAAGGGACAGUGUAUAUAUUAUAAAUAACAUAGUAUUUAACAUACCACAUGUAUUAUUUGAAGUUGGAAUAAAACAUGUAUAUUAUAAUAAACACAGCUGCUUCGUACAUGUAUUCGUUGUUUUAAAAUCAUUAAUUUUGCACAGAAAUAAGGGUAAUAGACACCUGUUUAUAUUUGUAACUUCAUGAUGAAAAUUGACUGGAACAAAACUUCGUUUAUUGAUACACUGAAUUCACUCCCAAAAAUGAAACAGUAGCAGUUGUAUAUGCCUACAAUUAUGAAUAUUUUAGGAAAAUAUAUAAAAACAAUAUCCAUUUUAAUGGUAAAAACAAAUGAGGAUUAUAAUCAAAGAUGUAUUAUUCUGACUUCAAAUAAUAAAUUGUUAGUUUGUAUGUAAGAAUACAAGAGCAAAUUUAUAUCAAAGCUUCACUAAUUUUUAAUUUGGUUCAGUAAGUGUCCUUAAAAUACAUGUUUGUUGUUAAAUUAUUGAUUAAUACAUCUGGAUCAUGAUUUACUUAUAUUUUAUGUUAUUUAUACUUAAUUAACACAGCAAAAAUGUAUUAUGUUGUUUAUUUAAUAUUAUAAGAUGUGGGAACUUUGUCCAUUGUUUUAUUAAAAUGAGUUAUAUAGACAGAAAUCAGAAGCAGACAUUUGAACUUUAUUUUUGAGCCUGUUUUAUCUUGUGUGUGUGUGUGCGUGCGUGUGUGCGUGCGUGCGUGCGUGCGUGCGUGUGUGUGUGUGUGUGUGUUGUAACUUGAUAACCAAGCCAAUUGUAAAGGUGAUUGUUAGCCUUCUGAUGGUUGUUAAUAUGGUACAUAUUAUCAUUUUGCUGUCAUCAUGGGGUGUGAUUUCUGUAUGGUCUAAAUUUAAAUCUAGCCUGAUUAAAGAUACAAACUGA